CAAUAACACGACUAACAGUACAACGUCUGCGCUAGCGCGCAUCAAACGCAUCGCCAUCUGCAUCUUACUCAUUAUCGCAUUGACGCUCAACGAUACCUUCAAAUAAGUCGCCAUAUUUAACAGUUUUUAAAUUAAGAAUGAUUUAAAAUAAAAAAAAAAUAACUGUACAUAUCUGUACGUAAAAAAUCAAAGUGAGUUUAAGAAAUGAAUAAUUUGAUCAUAGUCGUCGUUAUAUGUUGUGUAACACCGGUGGUGUUGCCAGCUAAAUAUAUUAUACCGAAGUGGAAAAAACAGCCGGCUCUAUAUCAGAAGAGUGUCCAGGCGUGCGAGUUGCCGUCGGUGCAGAGCGAACACAGCCACUAUGUGUGCGAUGACAAGGGAGAGCCCAAGUGCCUGCCUGGCUGGCAGGGCGAUCUUUGCGACGUGCCAACUUGCAAAAAGGGCUGCGAUCCAUUGCAAGGUUACUGCAAACGGCCAGGCGAAUGCCGGUGUAAGUUAGGAUUCUACGGUGAGCGAUGCAACAAAUGCAUACCUCUACCAGGCUGUCAGCGUGGUUACUGUAACGUUUCCUUCGAAUGCAUAUGCAGGGAUGGCUGGGAUGGGAUAUUCUGUUCUGAGCCAAUCUGUCGUUCCGAUUGUCACCCAACUCGUGGUUACUGUGAGUCCCCGGGCGAGUGCCGUUGCCGAUUGGGUUGGGCCGGGCCGACGUGUCGCUCGUGCCAGACGUUACCGGGCUGCCAACAUGGAUAUUGCGAUAAGCCGCUAGAAUGCAAAUGCCUGCCUGGCUAUACUGGAUUGUUGUGCCAGACCCCAUUGUGCUCAACGGGUUGCCACAGCGAGCGAGGUUACUGCCGGCGGCCAGGUGAGUGCCGAUGCAAGGUGGGCUGGACGGGACCGACGUGCGCUCAAUGCCAUCGCUACCCCGGCUGCGUGCAUGGCACCUGCAACCGGCCUUGGGAGUGCAUCUGUGAGAACGGUUGGGGCGGCAUGCUCUGUGAUGAAGAGCUAAAUUAUUGUGAAAAGAAUCCUGAUACUUGUAAGAACGGUGGUAAAUGUCAAUCUCUGGAAUCUGGAGACGGCUACUUUAGGUGUCAAUGUCCCUCCGGAAUCAGCGGGAAACAUUGUGAGAACGUUCCAGAAAGUAUGACAACACCAGCGACUAAUGUUACGGAAGUACCGGAGGAAGUCGAAGAAGUUGAAGAAACUACAGAGAAGACUGAGGAUGCAUUCGAACUGAGCAGCGGCGACAAUGAGACUGAAUGAAUUUAAUUAUAGGAGCUAAAUUAUUUAUUUAUUUUAGUUUUAGUAGCAGUAAAAGUAUGUCAAAAUGUUGGAGUAUGGUAAAUAUUAAACUUUAAUCGUUUUGUGAUCGCCCAUUGGCCAUAAUGUUGGCAUUAUUGUAACAAUAUUUAAAAAAAAAUAUCUUUAGACUUUCAUUAUAUUUAUCAUUGUCAUCAUCGCAUCGUGUCAUUAUUUUAAUUUAUAGUUUCAAUUGCUUAAAUUUUAAAGAUUUUUGGUAAAAUAUAUCAUGUAAAAUAACACUUUGUUAAAAAUCCUUUUGUCAUUUAAAGUGGGUUCACAUCACAAGCCAUUUCUGUAGCACGUAUGAUGUACAUAUCUUACGACAAUUUUCUAUUAUAAUA